UGCAAUCGGUGCCGCCCCCACCUACUUCUCUCGCCGCUGCCGGGCGCUGGGGUGACGUCAGCGGAGUGCGCCGAAUGUUUACGUGGAGAUGGUAGAGAGCGACAGGCGCUGUAGUUAACGCUGCGCAUUGCUCUGUGUGUGUCUGUACAGGAUUCGGCAUGGAGGAGGAGGACCAGGAGAGGAAGAGGAAGCUGGAGGCCGGCAAGGCUAAGCUUGCUCAGUUCAGACAGCGUAAAGGGCAAGCUGAUGGGCAGCAUGCAGCAAAGAAGUCCAAAAAGAAGAAAUCUUCAACUGGUUCCAAAGCACAGCAAACGGCUGAAGAUACACGGGAAACAAGCACUUCACACAGUCAUCAUGGUCUCUCCCAGAGCACUGAAGGAGCUGCUGCUACAGAAGAGUUUUCCAUCAUGAGAACUUUGCUCCAUGGGGAAAAUAUAAAACAUGACAAGACUUACACCGUAGAACCUGAAAGUGAAAUUUCCAGUACAGCUGAUGAUUAUAGUUCUGAGGUAAAUGGUGCCAGUUUUCUUCCGACAGCAAAAAGUACAGCAGACCUUGUGAGGGAAGAAGAAGAAUUCGAAGUGCAAGAAACUUUCUCCGAGCACGGCACGUGCAGCUCUCUGACAAAGCUGGAGGUGAUGGAGGAUGAACUGGCUGGAAAGCAGCAAGAAAUUGAAGAGCUGAACAAAGAGCUGGAGGAAAUGAGGGCAGCCUGCGGUACACAAGGACUGCAGCAGCUUCAAGAGUUUGAAAUGGCAAUAAAGCAAAGAGAUGAAAUCAUCACUCAACUUACUACAAACCUCCAACAAGCAAGAAAGGAAAAGGAUGAGAUAAUGAAAGAGUUUCUUGAACUUACCGAACAAAGCCAAAAAUUAAAGAUUCAGUUUCAGCAUUUACAGGCAGGUGAAGCGCUUAGAAACAGUAGUCAUACAAGUACAGCAGCGGAUCUUCUUCAGUCCAAGCAUCAAAUACUCACUUAUCAGCAGCAGCUGGAAGAACAAGAGAGCCAGCUAAAACUGUUUCAGAAAGAUAAUGAAAGCUACAAAGCGUAUAAUGUAUCCUUGCAGGCCAAGAUUCAGGAUAUGGAACAGCUUAACGAACUGGAACUGUUGUAUGAAAGCAAACUAAAGGAAAAAGAUGUGUUCAUUGAUAACAUGAAAAUAACAUUAGAGGAGGAAGAAAGAAAAUCCAGUCAGCUAUCAGAAAGAAUAUCAAUGUUUGAAAAAUCAGCUGAAGAACUGAGACAAGAGUUAGUAAAAAAAAAUCAGGAAAUAAAUAACUUAACCGAAGACUUCAACACUUCCAAACAGAGGGAAAGGCAGUCUUCCGAAGAAAUAAAACAGUUAAUGGGUACAGUGGAAGUACUACAGAAAAAACAUUAUAAAGGUACUCAAUUUGAGGCAGACAUAGUGCAACGGAUGGAGCUGGAAACAGGAAGAAAGCUAGAACAGCUUCGGGCAGAACUAGAUGAAAUGUAUGGUCAACAGAUAGUGCAGAUGAAACAGGAGUUAGUCAAGCAACAUGCAUCUGAGAUUGAGAAGCUUCUUGCACAGCAUAAAGCAGAAUUAGAUAGUAUUUCUACCCAGUCAACAGUUAGUAUAACCAAUGAAGAAAUCCGUGAACUUCGUGUUACAAUAAACCAAUUAAAUGCCGAAUUGCAACAUUCUAAGGAACAGCAAAGUAAAAUGAAGGAAGAUUAUUCCUUGCAACUUAACGUUGUAUCAUCUGAGAAAUCUCUGUUACAAGGGCAAAUCAAAGACUUGUUGCAGGAUCUGAGUCUGGCUCAUGAACAGAUUGUAAAAGCAAAAGAAAGCAUAACAGAAAAAGAAAGCAAACUCAGUGAAGCUAGCAGUUUACUUGUCACAACUGAUGAUCUGAAAGCAGAGUUGGCAGCUGCGCAUGCAUAUAGGAAAGAGUUGGAAACCAAACAUGAAGAUGAAAUAACAAAUUACAAAAUUAAGCUUGAUAUGUUAGAGAGGGAAAAGGAUGCUGUUUUAGAUAGAAUGGCUGAAUCUCAAGAAGCUGAAUUGGAGAAGCUUAGGACACAUUUUUUGUUCAGCCAAGAAGAGGAACUCUCAAAACUUAGAGAAGAUUUAACUCGAGAGCAUUCAGUUAACAUUGAGAACCUAAAACAAAAUCUAGAUACACAAUUUAGGCAACAACUUGCUAAGAUGCAACAGGAAAUGGACGAGACUAUUAGCACAAUGCAAUCUGAAAAAGAUAGUUUAGUAACAAAACAGAACAAUUUAAUGCUGGAAAUUUCAAAGUUGAAAGACCUACUGCAAUCAGUUGGUGAUCCCCAAUCGGAAGAAAUGAUGAUUCAGAUGAAUGAACUUCAGAAAGAACUGGAACCUUACAGAAGGGAAGAAAAGGAAAAGGAAACCACAGAACAAGACUUUCAGAUUCAACUUAAAAUUAAGUCGCUUGAAAAAGAGGUAAAAGAGAAAGAUGCUCUAAAUGAGCAGAUUGUAUCUCUGAAGGUAGAUAAUAGAAUUCUCAGAGAUGAAAACACUACUUUGCAGGCUACACUGAAAAACUACAACAUUAUUGGUUCUGUCAAUGAACAGGGUGAUGACAGAAACCCUGAGUUAAGAAAUGAAAUUGAAAAGCUCAUUUUAGAGAAUAAGCAAUUUCAUAAAUUAGAAAUUAUAUUGAAGGAGGAGAUUGAAAGACAAAAGAACACAUUUUCAUUUGCAGAGAAAAAUUUUGAGGUCAACUUCCAUGAAUUACAGGAAGAAUAUGCAUGUCUUUUAAAGAUAAAGGAGCAAUUAGAAGAUAGGAUAACAAAAAGAGAAGAAGAAUACAUAAUAAAACUCAACUCUCUCAAUAAAGAGUUGGCAAAGUUAAAAGGUGUUCGUGCAGAGGAAAAAUCAUCUGCAUUUCAAGACAACAAGCAUAAGGUUCCUGGUACAUCUGAACUUGUCAGAGCAGAUGCACUUGAGUCUGGAGAAGUUGUUGAGAAGGAUACUACUGAGUUAAUGGAAAAGCUUGAGAUUGCCCAACGCGAUAAGCACGAAUUGUCUUUGAAACUUUUUGAGCUCUCUGAGCAGAUGCAGUUGAAGCAAAAUGAAAUUAAUCAGCUAAAGGAACAUGUGAAAUCAUUAUGCCAAGAAAGAGAUAAUGCCUUGUCUGAUCUCCAGAAGCAGGAGAAGGUUAUAAGCGUGAAAGAGACACUAAGUGUUCAAUCUGACAAAAAAUCUUUUAACAAUAGAUUGGGAAUAAUGUCAAAUGAAGAGAUCGACAAGAGUGACAUCUCCCUUGCAGAAGAGAAUUUGAUUAACGAAGUGGAAAAGCAUAAGGAUAUUCAGCAUCUAAAUAACUGUUCACUUUCACACUUAUCUCCUGAAACCCAUGUUACAAAGGUUGAGGAAGAGAGGGCGUCCCCCAUGCAAAGGCUGCACAAAUUGUCACACAGAGUAGAGACCGAAUCUCCUCUCUUAGUAAGGACGGAGAAAGAAAGAGACUAUCUUCAACAGGAACAACACGCUCUGGCUGACAUGAAGCUUCAGUUGGAAGCUCAACAAAUAAGUCUUACUCAGAUACACAAUGCUCACAUAGAAUUAAUCAACGAAAACAUGCAAAAGCAAAAAGAGGAUGAACUAUGCAGUCUUAAGAAGGAGAUGCUAGAGAUUCACGAACUGAAAGUUAAAGAGCUGCAAGAUGUGCAUCAGCAAGCACUACAAGCCUUCCAAUUACCACAAACAGGUGGUGAUGCAAAAUCGUGUCAGGUCCUAAUCGAAUUGCUAAUUAGGAAGAUCAGUAUUGAAAAAGAUCAUGUUAAUGAGAACAUAAACAGAUAUUCCCUGGAGAAAAAGGUAGAAAAUACAGAUGGAACAGAAAACAAGGAAAGCUCUUUACAAGAAAGUUCAUGUCCUAUAGCCUUGGAGCAACAUCUGACUGAAGUGCAAACUAAAUAUGCAGAAAUGACAAAUUUUCUGGAAAGCUUCCUAAAAGAAUAUAAGCAGACAACCAACUCUUACAGUAACUUGGAGAUUGAGAAGACACAAACCUUCAGUGAUGACCUGGAUGUAACUACCAGUACACAGAGAUUGACUACCAAACAUUCUCCAUUUGCAAGCAUUGCUGAUGUGCAGGAGGCUGCCACACCUCAGUCAGAGGUCGAAAAACUUAAAAUUGAGUUCAGCCAUCAAAGAGCCCAACUUGAGGAGAAGCAUUCACAAGAAAUCGAGCAUCUACGAUUUUAUUUCCAACAACAGUUACAAGAAAAUGAGGAACGGUACACUACAGAGAUAAUCCAUUUGCAAGAGCACAUUCAGAAUGUCAGUGAGACCUCAAUGGAUUUCCGGGAACUCUCUAAUAUGCAGUCUGGAAUGGAAGAAGGCUUAUAUGAAGCUGACAUUUUUAAAAGUCUUAGUACCUCAGUUACAGAUACAUUAAAGAUGAGUGAACAAGUACAAACAGGGGAUAGAAGGCCCAUUGGUCCUAUUUAUCAGCAGUUGCAAACACUCCGCCAGGCUUUAUACUCUAGGUACCUAGAAGAAGUGAAUGCACUGAAAAAACAGCAUGAAGCAGAAUUAACACAAUUGAGAGAAGAUCUAGAGGAGAAAUAUUACCAAGAGAAUGCAACCCUGAAAGAACAUAUUCAAUUACUAAAAAAGUCUGAGCAAGAUGAUCCAACUGUAAAAAUUGGGAAACUUCAGAGGUCUCCUGUCCGUGAAGAGGGGAAGACACCGGCAGAUAUAAACCAGUUGUUGGAAGAACACUACCAAGAGAGAAUGCAGGAAGAAGUAGCAAAGAUUAUUGUGGAGAUGACUGUGGCAUUUGCCCAAAAAAGUGAGCUUGCGAGACUGGCUGCAUCUAUAGAUGGUGAAAUUGCAAGGAAUUAUGAAGGUUCGCAAGUAAUCUCUGGGGCAACAAAGAAAAGGGACGAUGAACAUCAACCGUGUCAUGAGGAGGAAGAAAGCUUGCAGGUGGAUGAAUCCUCAUCUCUUGAUCAUAUCCACUUACAAGAUGGCACAGAGGUUCAGAAUGAUGUUACAAGUGAUGUAGUUACAGUAAUCCCAGGCACAACAAACACCCAAGAACAGGAUAGUGAUCUGCACCCAAAACACCAGGAUAAAAAUGUGACUGUCGAUUCACAUUUCAGUGAAAAAACUGUUGUCCUCAAAGAAGAAGACUAUAACCGAAUGCUUGCAAUGGGUGCAGAAAAUGCCAAGCUAAGGCCUUUGUAUGAAGAGCAUGUAGAAGACAUGAGACAAGAACUGGUGAGGCUCGAGCAGGAACACCAGCAGUCUGUUGAGGCUUUGAAAAAUGCUCACAUGGAACAGCUGGAAAGGCAGAUGUAUGACCAAGAACAACUCCUCAAUGAGCUGCAUAUUGUGCGAUCACAACUAAUUACGAAUAUUUCAAUUAUCAGCGAAUCAGAUCAAGUCACUGAAACAGAAGCAUUGAUGGAAGAGUCACAGAGCCCCAAAACUGCAGCAGGCAGUCAGCAGGCUAACACUGUGCGGGACAAUAGCUCACAGACACUGGAAGAACAAGUGGAAGAACAAGAGAGUGAAAGUAAGGAUGAAUUCUGGGAUGCCAUUAACAGGAAGGAAGAUGGAAAUAAUGAAAGCAAGGACGCCUUACCAGAUGACCCCAUCUGUGACGGGAAAUACUUGAUAAGGGCAAAUAAGCAACUUCUUAAGAUCCUGCUUGAAAUAGUUAAAACAACAAGUGCCGUGGAGGAAACAAUUGGACUCCAUGUCCUGGGACUGCUAGACAAAUCUGGAAGACGUCCGUCUGCUUCUCAAGCAUUAACUUGGAACCCUGCAAAUGAAGAUUUGGGGGCAACACUCGACUUAGAGGCACCUAAAACAACAGGUCCUAUUGCUCUUAAAGACUUUAUUGGAUCCAAGGAUGCAGAUGGUUGGUCAGAAGCAACAGAAGAUGAACUGGAUCUGUUUGUGCAUCUCACAGAUAAAGGGAUCACAGGAGCUGCUCUGAGCUCAGAGGACCAAGCCCAAGUGCUUCACAUAAGUGCAAGACUUCAAGCAGCUGUGGAAAAACUUCUGGAAGCCAUCAAUGAAACCAAUAAUCAGCUUGAACAUGCCAAAGCUGCCCAGACAGAGCUUGUACGUGAAUCCAUUAAAAGGAAAGAGGAGACUGCAAAUUUGCUCCGAUGCCAAGAGGAGCUUCAAGAAAGACUCAAUGAGGAGGCCAAAGCUAGAGAGCACUUGGCACAGGAACUCGGCAAAGCAGAAGGCCUCCUCGAUGGAUACUCAGAUGAGAGAGUCUUUCUUGAGAAGCAAAUUCAGGAAAAAAAUGAGCUGGUCCAGCAUAUGGAGCAGGAGUUGCGGAGUACAGGUAACAGAUUGCAGGAAUUCGAACAGGAGCGCCAGCAGCUACUGGAGGAGAGGGAGCUUCUCUCCAGACAGAAAAUUGCACUCCGGGCUGAGGCAGCACCUGCUAUGCAACGCUUUGUAGAAGCUGCAGUCGAUGCAGCUCCCACAGAAGAGCUGAUGGAGGAGUCUGAGAGACUGCUAAACGAGAAGAUAGAGGUGCAGCGUCAGGCAGAAAAAGACUCUGGGGACCUUUACAAACAGGUCAAAGUGCUGGAAACAGAACUGGAGGAGCAGAUGAGUCGGAACAUGGAAAUAGAGCAAGAAAAGAAUUCCGAUCUAGAAGACAUCCACCAAAAGAAUCUGUCCUUGGAAAAGCAGCUUGAAAAAACACGUAAAUUUUUAGAUGAGCAAGCAGUGGAUCGAGAGCAUGAAAGAGAUGUUUUUCAGCAGGAAAUCCUGAAACUUGAGCAGCAACUUAAAAUGCCACAAAGGCACCAGCCUGUUACAGAUCAUCAAAGCAAUGCGCUUGAAAAAUUGGAAUCUAACCUAAAGGAAAAAACAGACAAAUGCAAUGAACUUCUGCUCUGCAAAGAACAGCUCCAGCGGGAUAUUCAGGAAAGGAAUGAAGAGAUUGAGAAGAUGGGGUGUCGGAUCAGGGAAUUAGAGCAGGCCUUGCUCAUCAAUGAUGAUACUAUUAAGAAGGUGGAGCUCAGAAGGCAGUCUAUUGUCAUUAGUUCCAAAGGGGAUAUGCCUCUGGAAGCACAGCUCCAAGUAGAACGUGACGCAAUAGAUCGAAAAGAAAAGGAGAUCACAAACCUAGAAGAACAACUGGAACAGUUCCGGGAAGAACUAGAGAACAAGAAUGAAGAAGUACAGCAGCUCAAUAUGCAGCUAGAAAUUCAGGGAAAAGAAUCUUCUACUCGAUUACUGGAGCUGGAAGAGGAAAAUAAAGUGCUCAAGGAUGAAAAUGUAGUGCAGGAAAAUAAAGGCUCUCCUAUAAAGACCCACCUUAUGAAACCAGAAGAGUUUGAAGAGAUUCUACUUUUGAAAGAGCAGGAAAUUGAUCAACUGAAUGUGCAAGUCAGAAGACUACAAGCACAACUUGAGACCGCAACAGAUAACAAAAUUAUCGAAGAUAAGAAUACUCAAAUUAAAGAAUAUAAGAGUCAAAUAAAAUGUUUAAAAAGUGACCAAGAAUGUCUUAAAAGGAACAGUGAAGAAGAGAUCGAAAAACUUAAUGAAAUCAUUGAAAAACUUCAGGAUGAAUUAGGAAGUAUAGACAGCAAAGUGUCUGUGGACUUCACCAGCAUGACGGAGGAAUCAGAAAGCAGUAAACACCAGCUUGAAGCCAUAGUGGCAGAAAAAGAUUUGCUACAACAGAAGAUGGAACUCAGUGUUACGGAACUGGUCAUUACAAGGACUGCACUUGAGGAAACAAAAACUCAAAUAGAGUUGCUGAAAAAGGAAUUAUAUAAUGUAAGAGAAGGCCAAAUUGCUGAUAACAAAUUAGACAGUGGGGUGGAAGCUACAUCAGAGCCUUUAGCAAAUUCUCUCCUACAGGAACUUCAGCAAAUUAUUAGUGAAAAGAAUUUAGAGCUGCUUCAAUAUCAUGAUAAAGUUAAGCUUCUAGAAGAACAGGGACAGGUCAUAGAACAACUGAAUGAAGAUAUAAGGAAACUUCAGGCAGCAUUGGCUGAAAAGGAAGAGAGCACUGCGGUAGAUUCAGCCUUUAAUAGCAUAGAAGUCCCUGACAAUUCAGAAUUCCAAAAUAAAACAUUGGCAGAAGAAAUGUCUUUAAGUAGUGGAAGUGUUUGUAGCAAACAGGAUCAACAAAACAUUGAGCUGGAGGAAACACGAGCAGAAUUGAAAUCACUGAAAGAGGAGCUAGAAAAAGAAAACACAACUGCAAAACAGAAAUAUAAUAUUAGAAAACUGGAGGAUGCAUUAAGAGAAAAGACAGCUGAACUAUUGGCAAGUCAGGCUCUGCUUGACUCUGUGCAGGAAACUGUGCAAAGCACCAUACAGAACUUAGAGUCUCAAGUACAGAAUUUGCAGAAGGUUGUUAAGGAAAAGGAUGCAGAACUACUCCACUAUGCAGUUCAAAAGGAGCUUCAAGAAAAGCAAGCUGUAGAAAUUGAACAACUGAAUGGGUUAAUCAAAAAUCUUCGCCACGACCUAGCCAAAGUAGAGCAAAUUCAUGUACCGGAGACAGCGCAUAGAGACAAAGGCUUUUUAACAGAUGAGAUGCAAAAUGCAGAAUUAAAUGGGGAGGAGGCCACAUUUUUAAAGAUAGAAUUAGAGAAUACACAGGCAGAGGUUAAGCUCUUGAAAGAUGAAUUAGCCAGGCUGCAAGCAUCUCUUUCUAAGAGUGAGGAGUAUUUAAGAGAGACAUUUAGUGAAAAGGCCCAAUUUUUGGAAAAUCAAGCUUUGUCUGCUUCUGCAGAAGAGGCUAUGCAGAAAGCCAUGAAGAACAUGGAGUCCCAGUUACAAGCACUUCAGCUAGAUAUUAACAAAAAAGACCUAGAACUUCUACAGUGUUCAAAUAAAAUUGAGUUGCUUGAUGAGCAAGUAAAGACUCAAAGAAAUCACCAUGAUGAAGUGAUGUUAGCUAUGGAAAACACACUCAGGGAAAAGGUGGCUGCAGCUUUGGUAAGCGAAGCUCAAGUGCAAGCUAUCCAAGUGCACUCUAAGCUAAUGCAAAAAAAUGAGGAUUCUUACAUUCAGCAAGAAGAGUCCAUAGGAACUCAGACUUCAAAAUCUCAUGAUGAAGAAUUCACAGAGGCCAACUUUUCUGUUCUAUCAUUAAGACUUUUACAGCUAGAGAAGCAGUUAUCAGACCUUCAUGAAGAACUGCAGGUGGAACGAGAGCGUGCCGUCACUGCAAAUCAACAGAUCGCCGAAAAAGAAAAGAAACUCGCUCAACUGCAGCAGCUUUUAGACUCCACUAAUAGUAGAAGUGAUGAGCUUAUUCUAGGAAAAAAAACUGAUGCUUCAAAGCUUUUAGUUGCCCCAUCUCAAAGCAAUGUUACAGAAGAACAGCUAGAAAGACUCAAAGCAGAGGCUAAAGCUUCCAAGGAGGAGGAAUUGGCUCACUACAGAGAGGUAGCAGAGAAGCUGAAAGAGGAGCUUUUGAUAAAAGACGCAAGUAUAGGCCACUUAGAAGAAGACCUCUGUCAUUUGAGGAAAUGCCUGAUGGAAGCAGAAGAGCAGCUUAAAGCUUAUAUGAAAAUGGAAGCAGAAGAGAAGCAAUUAGGGGGUGACUGUCCUGACAAUUUGGGAAACCUGCAGCCAACUCCCCUAGAAACAAAAACAUCUUCCUCACAAACUGAGAAAUCCCAGAGUGUUAAUAAUAGCAACCAGACUCUACCAGUUCAUCUUACUGAUACAGGAGUCCAAAAUGUGCUGGACGAAGCUCGGUGGGGCAGCACCUCUGCUGAGGUAGCAGCAAUUAUCAAACAGUACACAGAAAAGAUUGGGCAAAUGCAGGAUCUCCAUGCUGCUGAAAUCCUUGAUAUGGAAGCAAGACACAUUUCAGAAGCAGACUCACUGAGAACAGAUCAGUAUGUUUCAGUUCAGGCUCUUACAGAGGAAUGUGAUGCAUUGAAAGCAGUGAUUGAGUCCAUGAAAUCCACAGCUGGGGGUGUUAAGCCAGUUUCAGUUCUUCCUACUCCAUACCAAUUUACAGACACCACCUCUAGCGCUACAGGAUCUGACUGGAGUCAAGGGGCCUACGUUCCAAAUUUUGAAUCCGUUCCAGAUGAAAUGAGAAGUGAUGAUGAAGUUACAACAGAUUUAUUUCCGAACAAGAUAAAGAAUUUGUUACGAGCGGUUCACCAAGAGAGUAUUCAGGUUUUAUCACUGACUGAGCCAGAUGGUGCUGACGAUGAUUCUUCUUCCAACCUAGAGCCUUGGCUCAAGGAGAGAAAAACAUUGCUUGAAACCAUUGCUUCCCUGAAAGAUUUGAUUGGAAAAAUGCAAAUUCACAAAGAGGCUAAGGCUUCAGAAAACUUGUAUGACCUUGUCCCAGACUGGCGAGGGGAGCUUCUCAGAGCCAUUCAAGAAGUGUUUGACAGGGAACAAGAUGUUUUGCUCUCUGCAUUUCACACACAGCUGGCAACUCUGGAUACCUGCGAUGCAGCCGCACUAGUGAAUCAGAUGCAACACAGACUUCAGGAGCAGGGAAUGGAGCAGAUAAAUGCAAUGGACUGCAUACAGAAUGCAGACAGGAGAAGCUUGUUACUUGAGGUCCAGGAUCUUCGUUCCCAGCUAUUAAGUUUGAGGAAUGAUGUUGCAGCUAAACCACCGUCAAUCUCAUUGGCAGAAGACCUGACUUACCAAAAUUUGGAAAAGGAUCAUGCUCAUCAGAUUCAGGACAUGCACCUGCAACUUAACAGGAUGAGUGUAAAAUCCUGUGAAUUGGAAGAGCAGCUAAACUCAGAGAGACAUCUGGUGGCCGAAGUAAAAAAUGAACUUGCACAAACCAAGAUUGAAUUGGAAUCUACCCUCAGCCUACAGCACAAGCACUUUAAAGAGCUGGAGUCUCUCAGGCUUGAAAUCAAACAGAGGUCAGAUGAACUUGAUGCAGUCAGCGAAGCUUUAGCAAAUGACCAAAAAAAGACUAGAGAAUUGCAGUGGGCCCUGGAGAAAGAAAAAUCCAAGGUGGAGCGCAGUGACGAGAGAGGGAAAGAAGAACUUGAGGACUUGAAAAUGUUGGUUGACACACAAAAUGAGAAGAUUAAUGAGAUCAGCAACCUUUUGGAGAUUGAGAAGCAAAUGGUGAAAGAUCUUCAAGAAAGGAUGGAGUCCAGGGACAUUACCUUUGAUGCCGAGUUGUCACAGGAGAAAAGCAAGGCUUCGGAGCUUCAAGCUUUCCUUGACGAGGAGAGGAGUCGGUGUAAAGAGCUGACAAAUGCACUAGACUGUAGAACAAAAUUACAUACACAACUUCAAAAGUGCGAAGGAGGGGAACAGUCUGAUUCGCACAGCCAGGCUGAUGACAUACUGAAAGACCUGCAGAGUCAGUUGGAAGCUAAGCAUCAUCGCAUUGUAGAGUUGGUGGGAGAAAUGGAGUCCUAUAAACUGGAGUGUGUUCAGUUGAGACAAAGCAUUGAGGAAGAGAAGCAGAAUCACAGAAAGCAGAUAGAAACAGAAAGGGACACUGGAAAAGCUGCACAUGUACAGGCACAGGAGCUUCAGGCCAUGGUGGAUGACCUCCAGCAGCAGUUAAAUGAGAAAACUUUAGAGUUACUGAAAGUGAAGGCAGACGAGAAGCACUUAAAAGAGACAAUCCACAGGCUGGAAAACAAUAAUAAUCAACAGGUCAUUACUGAACACAGACGUGAAAGAAGAGAGCUUGGUGCAAGCACUAGUGGACAGAAAAGCAGCACAGACGCACCAAGAAGUAAUGGGCACCAGCCAAUCGAGGAAAGGUCUGCCAGUUCGUUGAGAAAAGUCCCUUCCAUUGAACUGAAUGGAGACUAUAAUGGAGGAGGGGGCUCUUUCAGUGUAGAGAGCAUCAGGGAAAGGUUGCAGAAAGUGUCUGAUAAGCUGAAACUCUUGUCCACCAAAGCCAGCCAAAGGAUACUGUUUGAGAGCGUAGACCAAGAAGACUUGACCUGGUCAAAAAACAGCAUUCAGGAGAUUAUAUUUCAGCUUGGACAAGUAGCAGUUUUGUCACUCGACGGAGAGAAUUUUAUUUUCCCACCCGGGAUAUCCACAAACACACUUACGGAAAAGCUGCUGACCCAAAACGCAGAGCUUACAGGGUUUGUCAGUAGAUUGACGGAGGAAAAGAACGAUCUCCGGAAUUCAUUACUAAGACUUGAGGAAGAGGCCUGUCGCGAUCGACUGAGAGGACCGUCGGGUGACCAUUCUUUUGGACCAUUAUCCUUGGAGAACACAACUAAUAUGGAUAUACACAUUGCCUCCGAGAGAGAGCUGUGGAACCGAGAGAAACUAAAGCUGCAGCAGUCUUUGAAGCAGACGGAAGCAGAGUUGUCCAAAGUGAAAGCUGAACUGAGGAUUGAAACCACACAGAGGGAUUUGGGGCGAGAAUCAGAGAAUACUGCUUUAAAAAGAGUGUACAGCAAAUAUCUCCGGACAGAGAGCUUUAGGAAAGCCCUUGUAUACCAGAAAAAAUACCUCCUGCUGUUACUUGGUGGAUUUCAGGAAUGUGAAGAGACCACCUUGGCUCUAAUUGGCAGAAUGGGUGGGCAGCCCAGCUACACAGGCCUAGACGUCAUAACCCACCGUACAAGAUCGUUCACACGCUUCCGCUCCGCUGUUAGAGCGUCCAUAGCCAUUUCAAGAAUGAAGUUCUUGGUCCGGAGGUGGCAGCGAGCAACUGGCUCUAGUCCAAGCAGUAUAAAUAGAAAUGUAUUUGGGCGAAUUACAGGCAACGAGCUGAGGACAGAGUCCCCCGACCCUCCCACUGGCAGUUUGGAGCUGUACGGGGAGCACAGGCACUUGGCAUGUCGCUCCAGAUCAGACUUUGAUUCACCACAGUCCACUGUGAAUUCCCAACAUAGGUAUAAUGCUGUCUCUGAUGUGAGUCCCUGUUCCUAUCUCCGCCAUUAUGAUCCUGACAGAGCUUUAACAGACUACAUAACCCGCCUAGAAGCACUGCAGAAACGGCUUGGCAGCGCCCACACAGGUUCCAACAUCACAUCACAUUACAGUACAAGAAGGUAAUAUUCUCGCAACUCUUCAACUGCCUCCUGUAAAUCUGCGCUGCUUCUGUGAUUGUGUAUUGUGCACAUGAAUGGGGCCAACCCUGGAGAAACGUUCGCUCACCGUUUCAUCAACACCCCAUGGAGCAGUCUGGGAUUUCUCUAUAUGAGCCUUUUUAUUUUGUGUUUCCUUCUAAGAAUCAGCCGCUGAAUUCAAUGUACAUUUUUGUGGAUUUCUAAUUUAAAUGAUUAACUUAUACGUAUUUAUCAAACGGGCGACCGACCUUUUUAUGUACGGCGGAACGGGGCGGGGCCUUGAUCGGAGGCUGAAGAAAACGGCCUCAUAUUUGCUACCGGCAACGCGGAUUGAACUUAUAUGCAGAGACCUAUUUUUGUAAAGGUAGAAGUUUUGAAUUUUAUGGGUAUUUUGUCAGGUUACUGAAACUGAAUAAAUUUCAUCAUUUUAA